UGCCAAUCCUACCCAACUUGUCAAAGACGCUUGUUGACACCAUCAAACAGAAAACAGAGGAAAAUUUUGUUUUCCAUCGUAGGUAAUAGUGCAUUAAUCCAGGACCUGUAACAAAAAAAGCAUUGAUAAUUCGAUAAAAAGACGUACCAACAACUUGAAGAUGUCUCGCCAAAGCACGCGUCUUGAUACGAAGAAAGUGUGAGGAGUAGUAAAACCGGUGUCACAUAGGCGUUUCAUGUUCCGUAUCCGUCGGGUUGCGUCGCUUCGGAUUCCUCAGUAACGCGUUCAAGAAGUGUUUUUGCGUGUGUUUCAUUGAAAGUUUUAGCGCGUACUAUAGUGUGAAUAUAAAGUUUGAAAUAGGCGGUCAUCACGUCGAUCGGUCACUCGCUAGUUCCAGUUGGAAGUAGACUAUGCUCACGAUGAAUAACGCAGCUGGAGCCAAUACGCUCGGUGGCAUCACUUUCUCAGAUAUCAGCGGAGCCACUGGGGCAGCCGGACCGGGCACGGGAGGCCUGCAACUAGUGCAACUGAGCCAAGUUAUGCCAGACCCAAACUCGCAGCAAUUAUUCAUGCAAAGUCUGCAGCAGCAGUUAACCGGAGGUACGCCCGCAAUUCAAGUCAUUCCGAUUGGAGCUCUUCCGCAACAAACGGUGGCCUUGGCGCAAGGUCCACCAACCGGUGCCACUAUACAGGCUGCUCCGCAGCAGCAACAGUUUGUACAGUACACAUUGGACGGUCAGACGCUACUCUACCAAGCACUUGCUGCACCGGAAACCGCAUACCAGAGCGUAAAUCUUCCGAUCGUGCAACUUCCGGCUACCCAAACGAUAGGUACCGCAGGUACGGUACCUACUUACGGGAACAUAUCUAACCUGCAAACUGCUCCGGUCACAUUCACGCAAAUUCCCACGGCUACGGUCGCCCAAGCCAUUCCUCAGCAUCAUCAGCAGCAUCUUCAGCAGCAUCAGCAUCUUCAAACGUCGGCAACUAUAGAUGCGAGCGCAUUUCAGAAUAUCGUCACCGCACCGGUCACAAUUACACCAACCGCUACCGUCGUACCGGUCUCCCAACCACAACUCCCAAUGGGCACCCCCGUUACCACGGUCACAAUAGGACAAUCUCCUCAAGUCGGUGUAGGAGCACAGGGAGGCACCAACAAUAGCAGCAGCAGUAAAUCGGUUGCAACGACGAACAGCAACAAUACAAGCGCGACUACGGAAUGUACACCCAGCGUAUUAGGAACGACGUCCGGUUCCGGUACGGAGAUGGAGCAAGAGCCACUGUACGUGAACGCCAAGCAGUACAAGCGUAUUCUUAAACGACGACAGGCUCGUGCCAAGCUAGAAGCGAUGGGCAAGAUACCGAAACAGCGACCAAAAUAUCUCCACGAAUCACGCCACCGACAUGCGAUGAAUCGGGUCCGGGGUGAAGGUGGCCGGUUCCAUUCGAAAUAAGUUUACGGAUCGGACGGAAGAUUUGGACGGCCAUGAAAGAGAUUUCACCGAUAUUCUGUUACGAAUUGUAGGAUAUUUUAAGGGCUAGAACUUAGAGCAGUUAUCUGUCUUGCCUAAUGGCUAGCCGGAAUAUCGCGCUUAUCAGGGGUACGAUUUUGUGUCGGGGCGUUACCGAAAACACCGUUUAACCGGCUCAACUAGUAGUAGUAGAGUGCAGACCCCAAAAAUAAGAAUUAAGUUGUGCUAAGAACGAAUUUUAAAACGCAAUAAAUAUGUUAACAUAGUUUAAAGUAAAA